AUGCCCCCCAAGAAACAGUCUCAGGCCAGGGGCAGCAAGAAGGCAGAGCAGAAAAAGAAGGAGAUCAUUAAGGAAAAAAAUUUUGGACUAAAGAAUAAGAAGGUAGCAAAGCAACAGAAAUUUAUUAAGGCUGUCACUCAUCAAGUGACAUUUGGACAACAGAAUCCACGUCAGGUAGCACAAAAUGAAGCUGAAAAGAAAUUGAAGAAAGAUGACAAGAAGAAAGAACUACAAGAACUAAAUGAGUUGUUCAAACAGGUAGUUACUGCACAAAAAAUAAGUAAAGGUGCAAACCCCAAAUCUGUGGCAUGCGCAUUCUUCAAACAGGGACAGUGUACUAAAGGAGAUAAAUGUAAGUUCUUUCAUGACCUCACUUUGGAGAGAAAAUGUGAAAAACAAAGUGUUUACAUUGAUGCAAGAGAUGAAGAACUUGAAAAGGAUACUGUGGAUAAUUGGGAUGAGAAAAGGCUGGAAGAAGUAGUAAACAAGAAGCACGGUGAGGCAGAAAAGAAAAAACCAAAAACUCAAAUAGUGUGUAGACAUUUUCUUGAAGCUAUUGAAAAUAACAAGUAUAGAUGGUUUUGGGUGUGUCUUGGAGGUGAGGACAAUUGCAUGUAUCGCCAUGCACUUCCUCCUGGGUUUGUGCUAAAGAAAGACAAAAAGAAAGAAGAAAAAGAAAAUGAAAUCUCAUUAGACGAUCUAAUUGAAAGAGAGCGGUCUGCCCCAGUUCCAAAUGCCAAAAUCACUCUAGAAUCUUUUCUUGCAUGGAAGAAACGGAAAAGACAAGAAAAGAUUAAUAAACUUGAACAAGAUAUGGAGAGGCGGAAAGAUUACUUCAAAGCAGGGAAAGCACUGGUAACCAGUGGUCGAGAGGUAUUUGAGUUUCGUCCUGAGCUGGUCAAUGAUGACGACGUGGAAGCAGACGAUACCCAUUAUAUUCAGAGAACAGAAGGUGCUGAGGUUGAUGACUCUAUGGGUGUAAAUGACAUAGAUCUAAGCCUGUACGUCCCAAGAGAUGUAGAAGAGACAGGGAUCACUAUGGCCAGUCUUGAAAGAUUCAGCACAUAUGCAUCCGACAAAGACGAGAACAAAUUAAGUGAAGCUUCUGGAGGUCUGGCUGAAAAUGGUGAAAGAAGUGAUUUGGACAAGGACAGCGGAGGGGAAGAACAGGAAAAUGGGUCCAUCGAUGCUGUUCCUGUUGAUGAAAACCUGUUCACUGGUGAAGAUCUGGAUGAACUAGAAGAAGAAUUAAACACACUUGAUUUAGAAGAAUGAUGACAAGGA